AGGACGGCUAGAGAAAAUGAGCGAGAUGCAGCUAUGUUCGAACGUCAAAAACCCUCGCUUUGGCCUGCGGGCCCACGAAACGUAAACAAAACAGUACGCCUGUAAAACGUACCGCGCUCCAAUUGAGUGUAAAGUUUGUAGUCUUUUGAACUUCAUCUUAACUCGCUGGACAAUUACUAAAACAGUUAACGCUACCAACUUAUCGUCUAAUGAAGUGUUUCGUGUCUGGGUGUGACACAGACGAUAACGUCGUCAGUUAUACAUCUGUGUUUUACGUAAACUGCCCUACCGAUCCGACCAUCCAGCAGCAAUGGUUCACCCUGCUGGAGGUGACCGAUCCCGAUGCCAUGCGUGCGCUGGUAGACGGACGAUCGAAAGUGUGCAGCUGCCACUUUACGGAGGACUGCUUCGGGCAUCAUCCGGUGUACGGGUAUCGCUAUUUACUCGCCACGGCAUUACCAACAGUUUUCCCCCCGCGGAAGGAGAUUGAACAGCCGAAGCCCGAUAGCGCGGAGCUGGAGAAAGAUCCGGCGCUUGAUUAUUUUCUAGUCUAUCUAGACGAUCCUCCCGGGCCGGCCUUCAUCGACCAGGUGGCAUUGGCGGGCGUGACCAGUGGGCUUGAUGUGAUUGGAAAUAACACUCCCUUGGAAGUGAAGCCGGAACAAGAACAAGCGGCCAUCCAAGAGGAUGAUGCGGAGCUACAAGAGGAAUCCAACGAUGUGGUAACGAUUGAAGAUGAAGAUGGCGAAGAUGACGAUGCCAUUGAACAAAUCGGUAUAGAGUACGCCAAUGGCAAGUACUACUUUCUUAAGCUGGAUGAUGAACCCGCCCCCGUCGGUGAUGUGCUUGUUUCGGCAGAGGAACCGAAUGGAAACGAACUGGAAUUCAGGAACAGCGAAAACGCCACAUCAACUGAUGCAGAUCAGGAAAAGAGUUUACAUGAUCUGAACGAGAAUUUACAGCAGCUGGACAAAUUCGUUAGCCAGCAAGAUGUAGGAGAGGCGGACGAGUAUGACGAGUACGAGAUGGAUGUAAGCGACCAAGAAACAGAACAGUUUGCCGGCAAGCAAGUGCACUUAGAGACGGUGGAAGAGAGAUCGGAUACAGAUGUGAUCGAGGUAAAGGACGAUACGGAAGUCGAUGUUGUGAAGGAAGAGUAUGAAGUUACAUCGUCCAAGGAUACGGCCAGCGACUCGGAGACGGGUGGCGACGACAACGACUACGACUGCGACGCAUUGAGCGAGGCAGAUUAUGGACCGAUCGAGGCACUGGAGGAGGUGUCGGUGUGUGGUGAUAAAGUUCGGAUUCGCGAUGAGAACGAAGGCCUAAACCGAUUCUUUUGCGAAUAUUGUGGGCGAGGAUUCCGGUUUAAAAGCUUGAAGGAUCGCCACACCCUGGUACACACGAAGAUGAAAAAGUUUUGCUGCGAAGUGUGCGGAAGAGGCUUUACGCAAAAGAUCAACCUAACCAUCCACCUGCGCACGCACACGGGCGAAAGUGGGAACAAAAAGUUCACCUGUCAGAUCUGCGGGAAGAAGUGCAUCCGGAUGAGCGAGCUCGAGGCGCACAUGACCGCCCAUCUGCGCAAGUUCCCGCACGUGUGUCCGCUCUGCCAGGAGCGCUAUUCGGACGCGACCGGGCUGUACGACCACUUCCAGGUAGAGCACCGGAGCGAGAUGACGCUGCGCGAGCUGAUCGAUCUGCUGUCCGAGAACGAAAACGCAAUCGUCAUCUCGGACAAGGAGGCACCGUCCAACAUUAGGCGGGACGAUGGUUCGUACGAGUGUCCCGUGUGCAGCAAGACGUACCGCAUGGAGGCCAACCUCGAGCGGCACAAGCGCAAGAUGCAUGUGAAAAUUUACAACUGCCCACACUGUCCGCGCAAAUUUCUGUACAAAAGCCUGCUGCACAAGCAUCUGCCCUCGCACACGCUCGAGAAGCCGUACCAGUGUCCGCACUGUGCGCUCUCCUACACGCAGCGCGUCAACCUGCGGGUGCACAUGGAGCGCAAGCACGCGCAGCAACUGAAGCAGCCGAAGAAGGAACCGAAGACCGCCAGCGAGCCGUCCUUUGUGGUCGCGACGCUCAACGCUGACGGUGACGUUGUGGAGAGCAUUGAGACUGCCCAGUCGCCGGCGCCGCCGCCGCCACGGAUCACCGGGCCGCGAACACACGACUGUGAGGAGUGUGGGAAAAAGUUCCCCCGCAGGGCGUCGCUGUUGCAGCAUGCAGCGGCCCACAAAAAGGUGCACAACCCGACCACGUUUGACUGUGAGGUGUGCGGUAUUUCCCUGGCCGCUCGCGUAGCGCUCGAGAAACAUCGGUGGCGGGUGCACGGCGAGCAGAAGAACAACAUGAACGUGAUCAGCAACCUCGAUCUGCGGAACGUUACGAUUUUACCAACCGCCGACAACCGGUACCUGGAGCUUGACGUGCCGGACACUAUAUCAGAAGAUUACGAACACGAAGAUUAAGGAACGAGGAGUAAAAAGUCGCCGUACUGUUGCAGGUAUGGCAACUCAGCUAAGAGCAUCACAGUAGGCAACAGACAGUACAAUUUGUUCCUGAGUUACGCGAUUAGUGCCGCUCUCCAGGUCUGCUUAAGUCGAAUAUCGUGUUGUAAGGCUAAAGAUAGAGCCAUAGAGAAUACGUAAUUUAUCGUUAAAGUGGGUGAUUUUACCUAUGAAAUUGUUGAUUUUGGAUCAUACAUUCGGAAAAUUAGUAUAUUUUUUUAUUUUGGACGAUUUUACGAUUUCAACAAACUACUAAUUUUACAUUCCAACAUUUGCGCAAUUUGCUCCAAAAACUGUCAAUUUAUUUAAACCGCACCAUCUCAAACCCUCUAUAAUUGCGUAACUCAGGAACAGACUGUACAAAGGCUAACAGUAAGCUGUAAGUCGACUGACAAUUCGAACUCUUGAGUUUAAUUUUUUGCCACUGAUAUCGGGUAACUCUGGGAUGUCCACCAUAAAUUGUAAUUGGUGAAGAAAGAAGACUCCUCAAAAUGCCAAA